AUGACAGGGACAACUUGGAUAAUUGACAGCCAAAGAUUUGCCACCAAAAUAAAAAAUGCUUCUGGGUCUUCAGAUCCCAGUAAACAGAAAUGGAUCGGCAACCCAAGUAAAGAGUGCCCAAAGUGCAGCCAUGUCAUCGAUAACAGUGAUGUUGUUCACCAGUGGCCCGGUUUGCCUAAAGGUGUAAAAUUUGAUCCGUCUGACCAGGAAUUAAUCUGGCACUUACGGGUAAAACAUGGAAAAUCUGGUAUAAAACCUCAUCCGUUCAUUGACGAAUUUAUUCCAACAGUUGAGGAAGAUGAAGGCAUCUGCUACACUCAUCCACAGAAACUUCCAGGUGUUAAGCAAAAUGGAAGUGUAUCACAUUUCUUCCACAGAACAUUUAAGGCCUACAACACUGGGACUAGGAAGCGUCGAAAGAUAAACACUGAUGAUGCUGAUGUCCGUUGGCACAAGACAGGCAAGACAAAGCCAGUAUUAGUUGAUGGAAAACAGCUUGGCUGUAAGAAAAUAAUGGUGCUUUAUAUGAGCCUGGCAAAGGGUGGGAAGGCUGAGAAGACCAAUUGGGUGAUGCACCAGUACCACCUAGGCACUGGAGAGGAUGAGAGAGAUGGUGAAUAUGUCGUCUCCAAGUUAUUUUUUCAGCAACAGUUUAAACCUGGGGACAAGAAUGCUCAAGAGCUAACCACAUCGGAUGAUCUGGAAUCAAUGGCUGCUGAAGCAGAUCUCCCUGAUUUUACUACUUUGCCCACUGACAAACAUGUUGGUACAAUCCAAGUUGUCCAUAAUUCUGAGCAUAAUCUUUACCAGGUAACCACAUCGGAUGAUCUGGAAUCAAUGGCUGCUGAAGCAGAUCUCCCUGAUUUUACUACAUUGCCCGCUGACAAACAUGUUGGUACAAUCCAAGUUGUCCAUAAUUCUGAGCAGAAUCUUUACCAGGUUAACAGAAACUGUGAAAUAAACAUUGAAGAGACUGUUGUCCUCCCACCCUCUGAAAAAGCAGAGGAUGGAGAUAAUCCCCAAUCGCAAGAUCCGAAGUUGUGGGAAGGUGAUUCCCAAUUUGAACUGUUAGACACUCAGCAGCUGGCAGAAGGACUCGCUCUCUGUGAUGAGUUCCUCCUGAGUCAGUCUCAGACCUCCUGUGGCGGUGGAGAUGAACCUAAAGUGACCAAGCCUUGCCUGGCUGCUUAUGCCCACCUGUCAGCAGAGGACUUCAAGAAGGAUUUAGAAGAGUGCCAGCGGUUGGAGCCCACAGAUAACACAAACCUUGAGCUUGACAACACAAAUGACUUUCGACUGAGCCAAAUUGUAUGGUUCCGGUACCAUCAGUUACAUGAUCAGUUCUCCAUCUCUCCCCGUACUUGCUAA